AUGGACACUCGCUCAUCGCACUUAACGGCACCGGGCCGUUCACGGAGCUCGCAAUCUAUAUCACCGUCUCAUUCCGCCUCUGCCUCCGCCACGUCGUCAAUCCACAAGCGGAAGCUGGCGUCGGAUGACCACGCUCCACCAUUCCCGUCGUCGUUAUCCGACACGCGCGAUGGCGCGCUGACCUCGAACGACGAUUUAGAGAGCAUCAGCGCGCGCGGAGCAGACUCGGAUACAGGUGACGAGUCCGAGGAGGUCGUGGAUGAGGAGUAUGACGAUUCCUCCAUGCGCAAAUUUACUGCGACGCGACUGGAAAACAGCAAUGUUUCUGGCCCUGCCACUGCUGCAGCCAGGAGCAAUAAGCUCAAGACCGAGAAUUUGGUGAAAAUUGAGCCUGCUGAUAUAACAAAAGACAGCGGUAUUAACAACAGCAAUUCUAAUAAUAAUGCAGCCAAUGCGGCGGUGCCUGGGGCUGCCGGGUCUGCCACUGGUAUUUUUACUGAUAACAUACAAACUGGUGGAGCUUACAGUUCGAGGGAGGAAAGUUUAAAGAGAGAGGAAGAAGCAGGAAGACUCAAAUUCGUAUGUGUUUCGAAUGACGGUAUUGAUGAGCAUAUGGUUUGGUUAAUAGGAUUGAAGAACAUUUUUGCUAGGCAAUUACCCAAUAUGCCGAGGGAAUACAUUGUUCGUCUGAUAAUGGACAGAAACCAUAAAUCCGUGAUGGUAAUCAGACGUAAUCUGGUUGUUGGUGGGAUUACUUACCGGCCCUACAUCAGCCAAAAAUUUGGGGAGAUAGCAUUUUGUGCAAUUAUGGCUGAUGAACAAGUUAAGGGCUAUGGUACCCGGCUGAUGAAUCAUCUAAAACAGCAUGCACGUGAUGUGGAUGGCCUAUCACAUUUUCUCACGUAUGCCGACAACAAUGCUGUUGGUUACUUUGUCAAGCAGGGAUUUACAAAAGAAAUUUUCUUGGACAAAGAACGGUGGCAUGGCUAUAUUAAAGAUUAUGAUGGAGGAAUCCUGAUGGAAUGUAAAAUUGAUCCAAAACUUCCAUAUACUGAUUUAUCAACUAUGAUUCGCUGCCAAAGGCAGGCAAUUGAUGAAAAGAUUAAGGAGCUCUCAAAUUGUCACAUCGUCUACCCUGGAAUUGAUUUUCAGAAGAAAGAAGCGGGUGUUCCCAAAAUAUCCAUGAAGGUCGAUGAUAUACCAGGCUUGAGAGAGGCAGGAUGGACCCCUGAACAAUAUGGCUAUUCUCGGUUUAAAACAAUGAAUCCAUCAUUAGAUGGUGCCUCAAAUCAGAAAUCAUUAACUGCAUUCAUGCGCUCACUUCUGAAGGCAAUGCAUGACCACCCAGAUGCUUGGCCAUUCAAGGAACCAGUUGAUGCGAGAGAUGUGCCUGAUUACUAUGUCAUCAUCAAAGAUCCAAUUGAUUUGAAAACAAUGUCAAGGCGAGUUGACUCGGAGCAGUAUUAUGUGACUUUUGAGAUGUUUGUGGCGGAUGUCCGGAGAAUGUUUUCUAAUGCAAAGACCUACAACUCCCCAGACACUAUUUAUUAUAAAUGUGCAACCAGGGUGGAUGCACAUUUCUCAAACAAACUUCAAGCAGGUCUCCAAUCUGGUGUCAAGAUUCAGCCGUAA